AUGGCAAAGCUAAUCUCCUACAUAAAUUUCUUCAAAGUCUCUGUAAUUCUAUUAUUGUCGACUACCUCCAGGUGUUUUGGUACCCCGCUAGAGAAGGGUAGUGCGCUGUUCAUUUUUGGAGACUCUACCGUCGAUCCUGGCAACAACAAUUACAUCAACACCAUCCCUGAAAACAGAGCACAUUACAAGCCGUAUGGGCAGAAUGGCUUCUUUGCAGAACCAACAGGGCGAUUCUCAGAUGGUCGUGUGAUAGUGGAUUAUGUUGCCGAGUAUGCAAAGUUGCCUCUGAUUCCUCCAUUUCUACAACCUUCUGCUGAUUUUACCAGUGGUGCUAACUUUGCCUCAGGUGGGGGUGGGGUUCUUCCUGAGACCAAUCAGGGCUUGGUGAUUGAUCUUCCUACACAACUAAAGAAUUUUGAGGAGGUGCAAAAAUCAUUAGUAGAAAAGUUAGGAGAAGCACAGACGAAAGAGCUUAUAUCAGAAGCAGUUUAUUUCAUCAGUAUUGGAAGCAAUGAUUAUAUGGGUGGUUAUCUAGGUAAUCCAAAAAUGCAAGAAUUUUAUCCUCCUGAAGCGUAUGUUGGAAUGGUCAUCGGGAACUUGACCCAAACACUUCAAGUGCUGUACGAGAAAGGAGCAAGAAAAUUUGGCUUUCUAAGCUUGUCUCCACUAGGCUGCUUACCAGCCCUUAGAGCAUUGAACUUCAAAGACAACGAAGGCAAAUGUCUUGAAGCAGCUAGCGCCCUUGCACGAGCACAUAACGAUGCUUUAAACGCUGUCCUCACGAACCUUGAACAUAUAUUACCAGGCCUCAAAUACUGCAAUUCUAAUUUCUAUGAAUGGCUAGACGACAGAAUGAAUAAUCCCUCAAAGUAUGGUUUCAAGGAUGGAGUAAAUGCUUGCUGUGGAACCGGACCAUACGGGGGUGUUUUCACCUGCGGAGGCACAAAGAAUGUCAAAGACUACCAGUUGUGCGACAAUGCAGAUGAUCAUGUCUGGUGGGACUCUUUCCAUCCCACUGAGAGAAUCCACGAGCAAUUCGCAAAGGCGCUAUGGAGCGGACAUCCUUCCUCUGUUGGGCCAUACAACCUCGAAGAUCUCUUCUUCAACAAGGAAAAGCUUACAAUUGCUGAUAUAGUUGAUUCCCCAGAAACAGACCCGUUUCAGUAAUUUCCCGGGCAUGGCCCUGCACGAUGGUUUCCUAACUUUCCUCAGGAUGCAAGGUCAAUGGUUUUCCAAUGAGUCUGGUUUGCAAUUUGGACCCGAUUGUUUUGGCAGGCAAAAGCUUGGGUCGUGGCUAAGCAGGAAGCCCACAUCAUGAAUAAAGAAAGAUUAGUCAUCUAAGCAAUGCCCUUGCAAUCAUGAUGCGUCCUCCUGAA